AUGCUCCGAGUAUCUGUUGGUGAUGCGCGCAGAUCACCACAAGAGCUCUUUGUUACGGUGCGUGUGGAAUCAAGUCGUCUUUUCCGUCGCGAUGGCGCUGACAUUCACUCCGACAUCACCGUCUCUCUAGCACAGGCGGCUCUGGGUGGUAAAAUCCGCGUGCCUGGUAUUUACGAACAAGUUCUGGUUACGAACAAUUUGCCUCUCGUCAUUGACGACGUUGACAAGCUCUUCUGCAUGACUUCUAGGGCAGCAGGAGUUGCUCAGAACGGUACUGUCUUCCUUGUAUCCAAAGAGUUUUUGGAUGACCAGUACUGUCAUCAGCACUGGCGGAUCCCUGCCGGCUCUUCUAGUCGUGAUCGCAUUCGAUUGCCAGGCAAAGGAAUUAGCCGCGUGAAUGGACGAGGCUACGGUGAUCACUAUAUUCACAUCAAUAUUGAAACUCCCAAACGCCUGACUGAGCUCCAACGUGCACUCCUUUUGGCCUUCGCUGAGACCGAAGCGGAAAUAAAGGGCUCUGUUGACGGCGUUGCUUCCACUGAGUCUGCUCUCUCGAAUCUGCAUCGUACCCUCGUGAGACUAACUAGCAAUGGGCAGAGCUCCCAGGAGCGGUCCUUUUCGUCCACUUCUUCAAAGCCAAACGAAUCGUCUCCGGGUGCUGAGGUUCCAAAGGGCGGCUACUCGACAGCAGAAGAGGGGGAUAGCGGUAGAAGGGCAAUUGACAACACCCAGGGCUUUCUUCUCUCCCGAAUUCGAGCCGCAACUGGAACCAGCCCUGUCUCGAACUCACCCCAGUCGAAGGCAACUUCCGAGUCGCCAGAAGCUUCCUCUGAGUUCUUACGCAAGCGCAAGACUUCAGAGUGA